AUGUCGCCUUCUAAGGAGCGCGCCGUGAGUCGCUGGGUGGAAGAUUCUCUUUGCGAAUUUGAAGGCGGGGAGCUGGGGGAUGGUAUAGAUUCCCCGGGGAGAGAUUCGUCUUCUUCGUCCUCCCGCCGCCGCGCGUCCGGCUCUCGGCGCGACGAGUACGGCGGCGCGGACGGGGAUUACGAGGAGAGAUCGAGCGGCAGCGGAAGGCGCGGUCCGCGCGAGCGGGACGGGGGAGGGGGGUAUGAAGGCUCCCCGCGCACGCCCCCUCCGCGGUCGGGGUCCCGCGGCGGGGGGCGGAACCCGGACGAGGCGGUCACUCCGGGGAGGUCGCACCUCCGGCCGGUGGGGGAGGCGCAUGACGGCGCGGGGUACUCCUCGGGGCGCCCGCCCUCCCGCGGAGGGCCGGGGAGCCUUGACCCCUCGCUGGGCGGGCGCGCGAAGAGUUUCGGGAGGCGGAGCUCGGCGGAAGGCGGAGCGGAGUUGCGCCCGCGCACGCCGUCCGGAGCGGAGCUGCUCGCGCGGCCGGGGACGGCGGAGGGGCGGCGCCCGCGGACGGCGGACGUAAACUCCGCGUAUGGGCGCCCGGGCGUCCCGCGGAGCAUGUCCACCGCGGAAGCCGCCCUCGCGGGACCGGGGGGAUCCCUGAAAGAGCGCGACCGGGGGGAGGGCGGAAGGAUGCGCUCAGUCCCCCGCUCCGCCUCCGAAGUGAUGCCUGAGGACUUAGGCGGAGGCGGAGGGGGCGGGGGAGGCGGGCGCAGGGCACCCCUCAGAUCCCCCAGUGGUAGUCUGCGGUCUAACUCGGUAUCUAAAGACUAUGAGGAUGAAAGGGGUUGGAGCGGGGGUGGCGGGGGGAAUGGUAACCCGGACAGGCCGUACACUUCGCAUGGCCGCCCGAAAACGCCAGAUGUGGACAAAGCGGCGGGGGCGGCGCAGGGGAACACUGUAGCAGUGGUGCCGCAACCCUCCCCAGGGGCUAGGCCAGUCACACCGGAAGGGUUACAAGCUAGGCUGACCAGAAAAAACAGAGAGGUGAUUCGGGCAGCGAGAAAAGAAGCGGCAGCAGCGGGAGGGGGCGGAGGGGGAGGAGGAGGCGGAGGGGGAGGGGGCGGGGGAGGGAGCGCGGACCAGGGGGGAGGGGUGAAUAUAUUGAAGCGGCCUUUAGCGGAUGUGAAGGAGGCUUAUAAGCUGGAUAAAAAUGAGCUGGGGCGAGGGCGGUUUGGGGUGAUUCGGGGGUGCGUGUGCCGCGUUUCAGGGGAGCGAUUCGCAUGCAAGUCGAUCAGCAAAGGCAUGCUGCAGUGCCAGCAGGACAUAGAGGACGUGAGGAGGGAGGUGGCGGUGAUGGAGAUGCUCAAGGGGCAUCCCAGCAUUGUCAACCUGCGCCACGCGUUUGAGGACGCUCAGGACGUGCAUCUGAUCAUGGAGCUGUGCGAGGGCGGCGAGCUGUUCGACCGCAUCAAGCUGCGCGGAAAGUUCCCGGAAGGCGACGCGGCGAGGGUGGUUCGCACGGUAGUGCUGGUGCUGCGGCACUGCCAUGGGGCCGGCAUCAUGCACCGCGACUUAAAGCCCGAGAACAUCCUGUUGGUCUCGAAUCAAAGCGAUACCGAUCUGAAAGUCAUUGACUGGGGUGUCGCUACCUUCUUCCAGAAAGGCAAGCCGUGCACGGAUAUGGCAGGGAGCCCGUAUUACCUGGCGCCAGAAGUUUUAGCAGAGAAGUAUGGUCCAGAGGCAGACAUCUGGAGCGCGGGGGUGGUGCUCUACAUCCUGCUGUGCGGCCUGCCGCCCUUCUGGGGCACCACCAACGACGCCAUCUUCGAGGCGAUCAAGAAUGCCACGCUGAACCUUGUGAGGCCUCCGUGGCCGUCGAUCUCGGACGAGGCCAAGGAUCUUGUGGUCAGGAUGCUCACGCGGAACCCCAAGAAGAGGAUCACCGCGGAAGAGAUUCUUGAACACCCGUGGAUUCGCGCCAACACCAGCUGA